AUGGAAGAAAGCCCACUGCAAACGCACAGCACGAGCCGAAGUCAACAACACUCUGAAAAGAGCAAUAAAAGCUCUUCACUAAGCAAGAUGGAGUCACUAUUGGGAUACUAUUUUCAGACCAAGGAACUUCCGCCCAUACAGCACAUCACAGUGGCUUCAUUGGUUAAGCAAAAAAGCCAAGGAGGGAAUCAGAUAAUAAUUCAAGACCGAGCUGCAAUUAAGUAUGAAGAAAUUGCUCAGAUUAAGUACCAGUACCGAGAAGUGGUGGUAGGCAGCUUUAUUAAGACAGAACGCCUAUGUGCGCGCUACAGCACAACUAUCAAGCUCCCGCGAGUGACUCCUGAGGUUGAAACAAAAAUCCGAGUGUGGAGACAAGACGUGCAAGAAGGCAUCCAAAUGGCAAACCUUAAUAAUAGCCCAAACGAUAGCGCUAUUGGCCUCAUCUCGUACCUGCUACCUACUGAAGCAAAAGAGGUAGUGCAAGGCCACACUAAUAUAAACUCCUUACUGGAGGCUGUGUGCUGUUUCUAUGAGAGAAAGCAGUGCUCUGCAGCCCUUGCAGCGCCUUUUCAGGAGAAUUUUCUAUUCAUCCGGGACUACUACGAAGCAGUUCAGAGAAGAGUCUUAAAGAAUCAAGAUUCCUCUUUCUCAGAUGAGAAGACCGAAGAGCUUGUCUAUGCAGCCUUUUUAGAUGGCCUAACCCCUGAAACUGUACAAAACAGCCUAUAUGUUUCCUGUAGGACCUGCAAAGAAUAUGUCAAUCUGCUUGAAGAUAUUGAGAAGAGACUUAUAGAGGACCUGCAGAAAAAAUACAAUGGGCGAGAGCAUUCUAAACGAGAUACACCAAUAGUAACUGCUACUCUGCACAACCCUCACAAGGAAAGAAUGUUUUGUGCUAUACACAGGCGUUAUUGCAUGCAUAGCACAGAAGAAUGUUUAUUGCGCAAGAAAAAGGAGCAAGCCAAGUCAUCCUCUGCCCAGAGCUUAGCUUUUAAAAAUGAGCCAACAAAAGACCAAACAGAAAAAAUAAAUGAUACAGCCCACCAAUGUGUGGAUGAUGCCACAGGCCCAGAGCAGCAAGAAUCCUUUCUAAGUUUAACUGCUAGAGCUUAG